AUGCUGUGGCAAUGCAGUCAACUAUUUGCCACCUAUCUGCAUUACCCCACACAAGAAAAAGUCACGCUUGUGAACAGCGCCAGACUCCCCUUCCCAGCCAUCACCUUUUGCAACCUUAACCGUGCUCGCAUUUCCCAGAUUAAUUCAUCCAAAUAUCAAUCUCUGACUGAACACUUGUCACAAAUGUCACAUACUGGAGGGAAUUAUGGACUACUCAAUCAUGCUAAGGAAAGGUACUUUGCUUUUGCCCUAUCACAGCUCAGUACCCAGGAGCAGAUGGCACUGGGGCACCAGCUACAGGACAUGCUGAUGUCCUGCGUGUUUCAUGAUGAGGCCUGUGAUGAAAGCUUCUUUACUCCUUUCUUGAAUCCCAAGCUUGGGAACUGUUAUACCUUCAAUGGUCCAAGACAUAAUUCAUCAAAAACAGAAGCAGAGGUCCUAAAUGCCACCAAGGCUGGCUUCAGUUAUGGUCUGACCAUGGAGCUUUUCAUUGAGCAGCACGAGUACAUCAGCAGCCUAAGCACGGCAGCAGGACUGAGAGUUGUUCUGCAUGGGCAAGGGAAAAUGCCUUUCCCUGAGGAUGAGGGAGUGAAUGUUCCCCCUGGACAGGAGUCUGAUAUUGGGGUAGUGAAGGUCCAUGUUAAACGUUUGCAAGAGCCGUACAGAAGUCGGUGUAGCAGCGGAUACAACAUAAGGAACUAUUAUGCAGAUGUUUAUGGGACAGACUAUAGUAGAGAGGCUUGCAAGAAGAGCUGUGCACACAAUAAGAUUAUCAAGAACUGUGGUUGCAGAAUGUGGGAGUUCCCAGCGCCCCCUGGGUCUAAAGUACCUCUGUGUAACAUCAGCGAGCCAUCCGUCAAUAAUUGUGUGGAAACGUAUGAAUAUAAACUAUCCCAUGAUCAGCUGAAAUGCCACUGUCCUCUUCAGUGUGAGGAAGAACAUUUUGAACUCACUCUCUCUUCAUCCCAGUGGCCGAGCAGCACAUACUUGGACCUUUUCUCUAAGAAUCUUCAAGCUAAACGAGGACUUCAAGACAUGCAAACUAUUAGAGACAAUGUGGUCAAGGUUGUGGUUUAUUACCAACAACUAAAUUAUGAGCUGAUAGAGGAGGUUCCGGCUAUGCAGCUUGUGGACCUGUUUUCCAGUAUCGGAGGACUGGUGGGUCUUUGGAUUGGGGUCUCAGUUUGCACAGUGGCUGAGUUUCUAGAGCUUUUACUAAAUUUACUGUCUUUUAUCAUUGUUCAUAUUCCAAAACAUGAAGAAGAGCCACCAGAAAACCCCUACACAAUCCCAAGCCCUCAGUCUGAACUAUGUACCCCAACACGUCCCAUUGACCACUGUCUUCUUUGGGAUACUGUUGAUGAUUCUACCAGUCUGAUCAGAAACAAAUGCUGAAGCUUAUACUUACUUUGAGACCACAUAUGAAAACAGCAAAACAUUAAAUAAUAUCAGCAAUAUAUGGGAUAGAAAUGGCCUUUUGAAAUUCUUGGUUAUUUAAUGUACUUGCAGUAGAGCUGUUAUCAGUUAGUACAAAUCAAACAUUUUGCUGUGAGCAUAUGGUAAUGAAGACAAUGCAGCUAUUUACUUUAAUUAUUAAA